AUGUAUCCUGAUGUUUCCACUAUGCAGAAUCUGCCUGAAGAUCUUGUUGAGAAACAGCAGCAGUUUCUGAGUUUCAUUCUAUUCAGAAGACGUGAACACAAUUAUCCUUUGAAAUAUAUUGCAAACCUAGAUAAAACUUCUGUUGCUUUUGAUCUUCCUAGUAUGACAACUGUAGACAAGCACGGCACUAAAACGCAGUUACCAGCAACUUGCAUAUUCAAAUUACGUACCAUACCUCAUGAGGAAUUUCCUAUGGGUAUAAAUGUAAGAGUUAAUGAAAAGGGAUGGUGUAAUGAAACAGAAAUGUUGUGGUGGAUAAAUAAUGUCUGGUCUAAGAGGCUUACAAAUCAAUAUGAAAGUUCACGAUCUCUGUUGGUACUCAAUUCCUUUCACGGUCAUCUCGUCAAUUCAGUGAAGCAGCAAUUUGUAAGUAAGAAAACUGAUCUAGCAGUGAUUCCAGGAGGGCUUACUAGUAAACUGCAGCCAUUGGACGUGAUGAUAAAUCAUUCAUUCAAAGCUAAGAUGCGCAUUCAGUAUAAUGAGUGGAUGACUUCAGAGAUAC